AUGGAAGCCAAGGACUAUCCUCCCAGUUUUACUAGUCGGAGUACAGACUUUCUUCCAUCAGAUCAACAGUCCGACAGCAGGAUUAUCACGGAUGACGAGAAGUUACCUCCUGUUGAUGGAGGUACACAAGCAUGGCUAUUUCUUAUAGCUUCUGCAAUGCUUGAGUCUUUAGUAUGGGGUUACGCUUUUGCAUUUGGAAUCUUCCAGGACUACUACAGUUCACAUCCGCCAUUUGAAGGGUCGGGGCAUAUUGCUGUUAUUGGAACUUGUGCCAUGGGCAUCGCGUAUCUCCUCGCUCCAGCGGCAAUCAUUUUCAUGAUUUUGGUGCCUUCAUUUGCUCGUGUGACGCACCUCAUCUUGUCACAGGGAAUUGGCUUUGGCACUGGUGGUUGCUUAGCAUACACCCCCACAAUCUUGUUCAUGUCAGAGUGGUUUGCCAAGCGAAAAGGCCUUGCCUUUGGAAUUGUCUGGGCCGGGUCCGGUUUAUCGGGUAUCAUUUUCCCACUCGCUAUACAAUGGCUACUUGACCAGUAUGGAAUAGAAGCAACACUCCGCAUCUCAGCAGUGACUCUAUUCAUUCUCGCCGCGCCUUUUCUCUACUUCCACCGACCCAGAAUCCCCAUGACUGAGGUUGCGUACCACAGACUUAACUUCCAUUUCUUAUACGACAAGACUUUUAUCGUUUACCAACUCGGAAACACCCUGGAAGCAGUUGGAUUCUUCUUACCGACAAUCUACCUCCCCACAUUCGCACGCAGCCUCGGAGCCAAUGACUUUAUGGCCUCGCUCACCGUGACCCUGGUCAACCUGACCACUGUAUUCGGCUCCGUGUGCAUGGGAUUCCUUUCAGACCGGUAUCAUAUCACAACAUGUAUCUUGAUCUCGACUGUCGGCACCGUCCUAGCCGUCUUUUUCCUUUGGGGCUUUGCCACUUCCAUCGCGCCCUUAUACAUAUUCUGCAUUGCUUACGGCCUCCUCGCGGGCGGUUUCUCGUCUACGUGGGCGGGUGUUUCCAACGAAGUACAACGCGCCAACCCCGCCGCAGACGCAACGGUCAUCUUCCCAUUCAUGGAGACUGGCCGUGGAAUCGGCAAUGUCGCCAGUGGUCCGCUAAGCGAGGCUCUCCUCAAAGCAGACAACUGGCGCGGACAUGCAUAUGGUGCCUAUGGGAGUGGCUACGGUACACUGGUUGUCUGCACCGGCGCCACUGCGCUGACGGGUGGGAUCUGUGUUGUGGCGCGUCACUUCAAGUGGAUAUAA